GGAAUUGCAACCCCAAAUCCUGCAACUCCUGUCUCUGGCUUUUUCAUCCCAUUUGUGUAGAUCUGAACAAAACCACUGUACUUUUCUGUUAUUCAAAAGCUGAACACACUCUUUAAAUCUUCUGUCCUCUUUUUGCCCCUCCUAAUCUCAAAAAGGAACCAGACUACUUAAGGGCACUUCAGUGUUGGCACUGUUGCUGGAAAUUGAGCUGUUUGACUCACUUGGAACUUAUCUACAGACAGUUCUUUUGCUAAUUUGUUCCCUCCCUUUGCAAAAUGUUCAGCAGGACUCUUCCCGUUUUCCAGACAUCCUGCUGUGUUUGUUUUGUUGGAUAACAUUUGCCUGCCUUCGCAAAUUUACCCAGCAAUUUAUUAUUAUUUGCUUCCUCCUGAGCUCCAAAGGCAUUUCUCCAGUCUUCACCUGCAACACUAUACAUGGUGUUGAUCUAAAUGCUCUGCAACAAACCCUCAAUGAAUUUGCCUGUAUGAAGUCAAGUGUAUUUAGAUGACUUCUUGCUGCUGAACCAUAUGCUACACUUCCAUAGUUUAGUGCUGAUCUUUCUAAUGCAAUAUAGAUUCUUUUUAAUGAAAAACUGCUUACUCACCACGCUCCUUCUUCAAAGCAUGGCCGUACAUUUAUUACUUGUUUGCUUUUUUCUUUCUUUUUAAUGUCAAUUGGUAGAUUUAUUUUAUGUAAACCCACAAAACUUUGAAAACUUAUUACAAGCCGGAGGCAUGCAACGUGACUUGCCAUUGAAUCAAAGAUUUAGAUGCCAAGUUUAGCACUGAAAUAUGAUCAGUAAUAACUGAUAUUUGUGACUCUCAGAGACCUAGCUUUAAGUAAUCUAAAAUGUCUGACAGCGUUUUAACAGAAUUUUACUGAGUCCAUUUGUUACUGAUUUGAUUUGGGUUUGGUGAAAUAACUCCAAGAAAUUAAGCUUCUUAUUUUUAAACCAAUGGCAAACCAAACUUAAUCUUUUACAUUGAUCUUAAUGUGUAACAAAGCACAACCUUAAAUAUGUAACUCCAACUUAGUUGGAAUUUGACUGUGUAGUGCAGAAAAAAUAAAAGUGCUCAUAUGCCAACAAAUAAAUAAAGCAGGUAACCUUUCUCUGUGUCACAUUAUUGGAAGAGAUCUAACUCAAUCAGCACAAAACCCCAGAGGGAUAUGCAAAAUACUUUAUAUUUAAUGUUUUUCUGUGAUAUUAGAUCGUUUUUAGCUGUUUUCUUGAGCUUUCAGUUGAUCUCAUUAUCUAAGUCUUUGAUUCACUUGCACCAUCAGAACACCAGAUGUUCAUAACUUAUUAGUAAAGCAUACACACAUAGAGAAAACACACUAGAUGAUUUUUCAUCAAGCGAUCCAGUACAGUUUGCUGUACUUUAUCAUUUCCAUUGCCUAAAGAUGAAGCUGCCUGAUUAAUUGAUGCAUACAUCCUGCUUUUUUGGGUACCUUCCUGUUGAGGUACCAAGUUUACCCAUGACAGUUCAUCACAGGCUCAAAUAAAGAGCCAUGCAAGUAACUUUUCACAAAAUAAGUCACAAAAUAAUUGUGCACAGACACAUUUUCAAAAUUAAGGCAUUGUGUGCAUAACAAGGGUAGUCUUCAUAGACAAAUCAGAUGGGCUUUGCAUUUGGGCUUGAGCAUAUUAAUAAAAUUCCCAACUAACAGCCUGACAACUCGCUAUUUAUUUAAGGAUAUGAAAAUGAGUUAGAAAGGAUAUUGGAGCCUGGCCCACACUCCGGGUCAAUAGGUGGCGGUAAAGCCCAAUAUAAAGCUGUCCAGCCGCCGUUAAACGCUACAAAUUAGGAGAGGAAGAAACCAACUUCAACAGCGUUAGCACAUUUGGCUAGCCGAUAACAAAGCUAAACUAACCGUGAACUUAAGUUGUGUCUUUGUUAUACUGUGGAAGAUUAACACAAAAAACACGACAAUUUCUUAAAAUGUCUAAAUGUCCCGCUUCUUAUCCAGGGAAUAGACAUAUAACAGCGACUUUAGCGCAGUUUAAGUUUGGCUCGCUUAGGACUACAUUUCCCAGCAACCCAACAAAAUAAACGUGUUUUUGUAGGAAGUAGCUCUCAACAGAACAUUACCGUGUCAUCCGGUUGAAGAGUCGAGGACUGAGCUCGGGCGAUAACAGCAGUAAGUAUAAUAUUAUAUGCAUGCACAGUCGUAGGCUGCUGUGUUCGCUGUGUUGUGGACGAAGCUAUGACUGAGUGAAACUGAAAGAAACAAGGUGAGGACAAAGGGAGAGAAGGUGGUGGAGGGUUGGUGUUGUUUUUUAGCUCCUAGACCUUGAAUGCCAAAGAGGAAUGCUAGCCUGUGGCAGGCAAUAAAAACAGAGCUAACGGUGCUGCAGCGUUUUGCAUUUCUCUACAACAAAAUGAGGUUUUUUUCUUCUUCUGAGGCUCACACAUCAUGAUUUUCUCUGAUAUGAGGCUACACUGCACCGAUGUUGUGUUGGUUGUUGUUGAGCUGAAACAGUACAGUUGUUGUCUGUCUGCUCACCUCCCCUCCCCUCUGUCUCUGACAAGUCCACAUGACAGCAAAUCCUCCACCCCCUCCCACCCAGUGUUUACUCAUUGACAGGCCAGGACUCCAAAUUUCACUUGAAGCUUCUGAAUAAAGUUGUAACAGGUGCCAAAACUAAAUGCUUUUGGUACUGGUGCCUUUUAACAUACAAACCUGUAUUGCAAUGAAGUUAGGGUGAAUAAAACCAGAAAACAAUGAUUUGCAAAUCCUCUUGGACCCAUAUUCAAUUGAAUACCCUUCAACGACAAGAUGUUUAAUGUUCAAACUGAGUAGCUUUAUUGUUUUUUGCAUAUUUUCACUCAUGUUGAAUUUGAUGUCUGUAACAUGUUCCUAAUAAGUUGGAAUAGGGUCAAAAAAAGACACCUAAGGACUGCUCCAAAAACCUCUGUUUGGAUCCUUCCACAGGUGGACAGGUUCACUGGAAAUAAGCGAGUGUCAUGAUUGAGGAUAAAAGGUGCAUCCCUUACAGGCUCAGUCCUUCAUGAGCAACACAGGGUCAGGUUCACCACUUUGUCAACAACAGCAUUAGCAAAUAGUCCAAGAGUUUAAGAACGUACUCAUUGUAUAACUGCAGGAAUUUAGUGAUUUGAUCAUCUACAGUCUAUAAUAUCGUCAAAAGAUGCAGAGAAUCCAGAGAAAUCUCAGCUGGUAAGCAGAAAAGCUCAAAACCAACACAGAAUUACUGUGACCUUUAACCACUCUGGCAGCACUGUGUUUAAAACCCACACCAUUCUAUUAGGAUUUUACCACGUAGGUUCAGGAGGACUAAAAAAAAAAAACAUUGUCACAGUUUGUGUCUACAUGUAAAGCGCCAGUUCAAACUCUACCAUACAGUCUGUUUUCAGGUCAAAGUUCAAAAGCCAGCAUCUGUGAUGGUAUUGGUGUGUUUGUGUCCAUGGCUAAAUGUCACAUCUGUGACAGCCCCAUUAAUGCUGAAAGGGACAGACAACAUAUGCUAUCAUUUAAGUCAAGACUGUUGAAUAACUGAAGUAGUACAUCAAGCAAGAAUGGGAAUAAAUUCAAUGAUUACUGUCCUUUGUUCCCAAACGCUUAUUGAAUGCUGUUUGAAGGAAAGGUGAUGUAACACAGUGGUAAAUGUGACUCUGUCCCAGCUUUUUUUUAAAUGUGUUGCAGGCACCAAAUUCAUAAUAAGCAAAGUUGUUGUAUUUUGUUUUUAUUUAUGUUUUACACAGCAUAUGAACUUCACCGGAAUCGGUUUGUACCAUAAAAGCAAACUAGGCCAUAAGCUGUGACUAUUAAUGUUUAUUUAUUGUUAACUUAAAUGCUUGUAAUCACUCAGACACUAUAUAAACCACACAGUGAUAUAAAAAUGAACAAUAAAAAAAAAAAAUCAAGAUGGGCAUUGGUCAGAGAUGCUAAAUAUUGAUUACUUGCCCAAGUCUAGGGUGCAUACUUAAACUGCUGGGCCAACUAGAGCCCUCUGAGGAGAUAUUUAAUUGUUUUGCUGCUAUAUUUUAUUAAUUUAGGAGCACUGUGUUCUGGUAUCUGCACCUCAUUAACAUAUUUGUGUGUAUCAUCUUCAGUUCUAUAAAACCUGUCAAUGUUUUUGUUUUUUGCUGAUGUUUCUAAGAUCUUAUAAUUAGGAUAUUUUCAAUGCACAGUCUUGAUUGGAUUACAGUUUUCUGGGUUUUUAGUAGAUAGUCCUGUUUCGUGCAGCUCGUUGAUCUUUGACCUUUUACUGUUUGGUUUAACCUCGAUCAUAAUCAAAACUAAGCGAUGCAUGUUGUGAAUUUUCUAAAGUUUGUGUGUUACCCUCCUCCAGGUGACGAUCAGUCCCUGACUGCCACAUCUCGGGGUCCAGCCAUGAAUAAACAACCGUCCAAGGAGAGUGUAAAGGAUAAAGUCAAGGCAAUCUUUGGACUGGGACCCCCUCGGCCACCAAGCAAGCAGAAUGAGACUAAACUUUCAGAGCUGAUUAUAACAAAUGACAUUCUGAAGGUGUGCACCAGAGACUAAACAGCAUUUUGUACACAUCAAAAUGUCUUUUUUUUGUUUCCUCAUCAUAUUUUCAUUGUGUCAUGAACUUUUUCAGGACCUCCAUCCAGACAAUGGCUUAAGCAACCGCGUGCGUGUAAUGAAUCAUGUCUGCGAUCUGGCCAAGACCAAAAAAUUUGAGGAGGUGAGGCUACUCCCUGUCUUGUUACGCUGACAAAACAGUAGAUUUAAUCCUUUUUGUGUGUUGAGUUUGCGUGUUGACUUGAGUAAUCUGUUUCAGCAUGCAGUGGAAGCAGUAUGGAAAGCAGUGGAGGACAUGCUGACUCCAGAGCAGCCGCCUGAAGCCAGGCAUGCCGUCCUUCAGCUGUUGAGGGCCAUUAUUCAGGGACAGGUAUAGAGGCACAAUACACACACACCAUGCCUGGGUGUAAAUGAUGUUGCAGUCAUUGCAUAAUGUGUCGUUGACUUUGUUUUUUGAAGGGUGAGCGACUUGGUCCUCUGAGAGCCUACUUUUUUAAAGUGAUUAGAGAUUACCAGCCCUGUAAUGAGGACCUCUCGGAUAGGCUAGAAGUCUUCAAAGCCCUGACUGAGAACGGCAAAGAUAUCACGUACCUGGAGGAGGACAUAGGUAUGUUACAACUGUAUGUUGUUUGUGCAUGUUUUUCCCCCUUUUGUCUUCCCUAGCUCUGCCCAGGCUAAGUAUAUGAUUGGCAAUCAGCUUUACCUUGUCCAGAAGGUCUAAGAUUACGUUUACUGGCUAUUUUUUAUAAACAGACAUUUCACCCUCUUUGUUUACAAAAAAAAACUGCGUGCACACCUCUGCGUUUUCAGAAGACCUUUCGUUUACACUAACCCAUGCAUAUAUUCCGUCAAGAACAUAUCAAACAUGUGGGUGGCAAUGUAGCGAGAAGCUCAAGCUCACGUUUGCCAACCAGAAUCCUGCAUGGCAGCAACAACAACAAUGUGCCUUCCUUCUUUCUUGCGCACAAUCUGCAGUUGGCGACCCAAAUCUCAGUUUACCGAAGUUUUUCUCUGUAUCCAUGAAAAUGUUCAAAGGUAGUUUUCCAAAUCUCCACUCUGGCCGGAGUUUUAAAAAGCAACAUUUUCAGGGGUGAAUUCUCCAUUUGUGUCUAAACAAAGGGCGCAAAUGACGGUUAGGGUCUCCGGUUUUAAAAAUAAAUGGGUACGUAAACCCAGGAGCUGUCUGCAGAAGGGAGAGGCAUUCUGAGGGGAGCUGCUGCCCUGCUGUCUCUCAUUGACAGCUCUCUCUCUCGUUGAUCUUUAGUUAAUCUUGAUGAAUUAUUUAACUCUGUGUGUCUUGUUCAAAUAAAUUCCUUGGUCAACUUUUUAAGGGUGUUACCUGUGACUUUUAAAUGGGUCAAUGUGUGAUUUGUGGGGUUUAACAAGGUUACAUACAUAUACUCUGUCAUUGUAUGCUUCAGUAGUGUGCCAUGUCCAUAAUGAUGACAAGCUAACUGAUGAUCUUUGCCCCCUUCGCCCCCAGCACGGUUUGUUCUCCUUUGGAUGGAAAUCGGACUCGCCUCAGAUUUUCUGAAUGUUCUCGUCAAUCUGGUGAAAUUCAACAGCUGCUAUCUUGACCAAAAUGUCUCCAUCAUGGUCCAGUAAGUCAUAAAUACAGAUAAUAGAAAUAUUGUGUUUAUAUGCAGGUAAAUAAAGAACAUUUUUCCUUCUUUCUUUUUUUUUAUCUGCAGAAAAAUCUGUCUCCUGUGCAACAGAACAACAUCAUCAACAGACAUAGAGGUAUGUGUUAUCUUUGUCACAGAAUCUGUUACAGUAAAGCAAAAGAAACGUCUGUGUAACCUGUAGGAGCACAAUCAAAUAUCUGCUGCUUAAACAUCUCAUUAGUAUUUAGUAGAACAUGCUGAUUGCCCCUGUCUACUUUUGGUGGCAUCACGGAGUUAAUGUUCAUCAAACUUGAUAAAACCCAUUGAGUACAGUACUUCCAUGUAAGCGUUGAAAGGGUUAACAGCCACACAUAACACACAGACAGAAAAUCUUUCUCAUCAAGUGCUCUUCUGGUUCGAUUAUGUUAAGAGGCCUGGGAUAUUGAUGUGCAUCCAGUUAAGAUUCUGAAACAUGCUGAAUCCUAAAUGUCUCCUUGGAUAUCAUCAGUGACAGAAAAAUAUAUUACAUCUGAAAAAUCACAAAAAAAAGAAAGGGACCUGUCAAUGUUGAAGUCAGUCUGUGAUGCUUUAUCAUAAACACAGAUUUUUAUUGGAGAAUUAAUGAAAAAUGUUUGAUAUUAUUGACUUAAUUUUCCUCAGGAGACUGACACUAAACUUCAUAUCCAACACCAGUCUCUUAAGUGCAAGACUUUUUAUUAAUAUUGCUUAUCUGCUGCCUUAGUAUCUCCUCCUUGAGCUUGUUUUUGAAUGUUUUUUUUAACUAAUUGUUAAGGUGGCACUACAAGUACUGGAUGCAGUGGUGUGUUACAACUGCCUGCCCUCGGAUUCUCUCACAGUCUUUAUCAUCACACUUUGUCGGACAGUCAAUGUGAAGGAGUUUUGUGAGUCCUGCUGGAAAGUGAGUCAACCAACUCAUCCACACCUUUUCCCUUUUAUCCCGGGGUGUUUUGUGAAAAGUAUUGAUUGAUAAAACUGUUUUCUCUUAUUUGUUGUUCCGUCUUGUUGUGCGUGGUCGCUUCAGUUGAUGCGAAAAGUUUUGGGAACUCACCUCGGCCACAGUGCCAUUUACACCAUGUGCCGUAUAAUGGAAGAAAGGUAUCAUCCUUAGUCCACAUGUAAUUCUUUGUCUGUGUUGGAUGAUAAAACAUGUUAUAACUAGCGAUACACUUCUCCUGACAUGUCUGUGAUGCUGUCUGCAAUCUCCACCAGGGUGUACAUGGAGGAUGCACCGCUGUUGAGAGGAGCUGUGUUCUUUGUUGGGAUGGCGCUUUGGGGUGCACACAGACUGCCUGCCCUCAAAAAUACACCUACGCUUGUUCUGCCAUCAUUUUACAAGGUAACACACAUAAACGUACAGUAAAGUGCAGUCAGAUAGCAGGGACUGGCUGUUAUGUGAUGUGGUGGCAUAUAAGCAGGAAUCAUUUUCUCUUUUAAGCAAAAAUUCAAACAAAAGUAAUGAACACCUGACAACACAAUCCAGGAUUUUUUUUUCAACAAUAUUUUUAUUAGUUUUGUACAGAUUAAUACAGUACAUCUUAUGAAAGAGCGCAAGAUACAAUGAAAACACAUCACAAACACCCCCUUUCCCUUAAGACCCUGUCUACUGCUGGAAUUCCUAUUACUGUGCUUAAAUAACAAAGCCUGGAGCUAAAACAAAACAAACGAACAUAAAAAAAAAAAACAAGUAAGUGCUGGAAUUUGGGUUUUGUAGAUCGUGAAAAAUAUAAAACGUUGCGAAAUAAAAAAUAAAAACAAUCAAGGGUUUUAAUUGUCCAAAAUAAAAUUAUUCAGUAAUGCUUUCUUUUAUGGUACACUUAUUACCAGGUAAUUACCAAGUAACAACAUGAAAUUAUCUGGUAAUUACAUGAUAACUACUAAGUCAUUACUGUCUAGUUACCAGGUAGGUAACCUUCCAUCAUCAUACAGAUUUGAAGCCGAAUUGCUCUGGUAUUUCCAGGAUUUUCUCUGCUUCCUGGAACCACCACUUGCGCAGUAGCAUUGUACGCAUUCAGCGGGUGAGUCGCUGUGAUAACGCUCGGCUCAAACAGCGUAUCGCUACGCAAUCUUCGCACGAGCAUAGGCUGUAUCUAGUGUCAAUCAUAGAAAAUAAGAACCCCAAAUAGCUUUUGGAAAUGGAGCUGCACAUAAAAAAGAGAAAAAAAGAAAAAGUAGACAGUAUUGACUUAGUAGUUAUCAUGUAAUUACCAGAUAAUUUCAUGUUGUUACUAGGUAAUUACCUGUUAAUUACCUGGUAAUAAGUGUGCCGUAAAAGAAAGCGUUACCAAUAAUUCUGUCACUUUCAUCAAGCUUUCAGUUAGUGAUUAUCAAAUAAUGCACAGAAGCAACAUUAUAAAUCUGAAAUAUUUGGAGCCAACAAAUAGCUGGCCGUGUGCUGCUGUCGAUAAGUGUGUCACUCAUAAAAAUGGUGUUUUUUAUCUUUAAUAUCAUUAUGAAAACAAAGUUAUUGUAGGUUAGUGUCCUGUUCUUAUGAGACAAGAGAGGAGACUGAACAAUUUUAGGUUGACUCAACAGCAGGUUGUUUGUACUUGAUACAAUGAUUGAUUAAACUGUGAUAAUCAUUGCUGACCUCUUAAAAACAGGCCAUGUCGUGUGCCAAUGAGGUGGUGUCCUAUGAGAUUGUCCUCUCCAUCACCAGACUGAUCAAGAAGUACGGCAAAGAGCUACAGGUGGUCACAUGGGACAUCCUGCUGGGAAUCAUCGAGCGACUAUUGCAACAGAUCCAGGUAUGCACACGAGCAGACACACACACACAUCAUGACAACUUCAUCUUCAUUUAUCACCGGGUGGUCUGUCCCAUAUGUUUUUACAGAUGAUAGGGAGUGCAGAGCUGAAAGCCAUCGUCUACGAGUUGUUGACCACAGUUGAGGAGCUUUAUGAGCAGAACGGUUACCACGGCUCCACAGAGAAGUUCUUCACUCUGGUGGAGAAAUGUGCCGACAAACGACCCGUAAUGUCUUUUCACUUUUCUCAUUUUACCCUCCUACACACUGCCGCCACUCUUCUAAUCCUUUCUUAUGUGUGUGUGUGUGUGUGUGUGUGUCAGGAUGCGUCAGUGCUGACCCUCAUUUCGUACAGGGCUCAGUCUAUUCAGCCAGCAAAGGACGGCUGGAUUCAGAGUCUUCACCGCCUCAUGGAGAAAUUCUUCAGGUAGAACGCACAAAGAAAUGAAAGCUACAAACUCAAACCCUUCAGUAAACAUCUUCUUGUAUAAUCUGUCUGCCCCUCUUUGGAAGUCAUCACCUCAAUUUUUUGUGUUGUGCUCUCUCCUCUUUACUCUUGUCAUCCUGGAAGAAACGAGACUCGCAGCGUGAUAAGGAUCAAAGUGCUUCACAUCCUGUCUUUUGUUCUCAGUACCAAUCGUCAACUUUACGAGGUUUUCACUCACAAACACACACACGCACAUGCUGAAUGACAUGGUCUUUUUGAUGGAGUUUUGUCUCAGUAACUUCUCACAGUAAAACUCAAUCUUUGGAUUUUUUCCCUUGUGUUCAAGGAUGAGUUGAUAGAAAUGGUGGUGAUCCCCCAGCUCAGUGGAAUAGCUGAAGAUCGGGACCUGGCCGUCAGGAAACAGGCUACCCAGCUUCUGGUGGACCUGGCAGAGGGCUGCAACACACACCACUUCACCAGUCUGCUGGACAUCAUAGAGCGGGUCGGGGAUACAUCCAGGAGCUGAUGUUCUCCAUCUCUUACCAUUCAGUAUCACUAAGUUUUGUCCCACGUAGCCAUGAUGAUACAAAAUCAGUGUUUUUUCUUCUUGGUGUAGGUGGCCAGUCGUUCUCUGGUGUGUGCAGGGCCCCUGGAGGUUUCUGAGAGAGACCCUACAGCAGAGUCUCCAAUGGAGGAUGUCAGAACUGCUAUACUAGGCCUGCUGGAAAUCCUGCAGGUACACACACUACCAUAAAGGUUCUCUGAAGGGAGAUUUAUUCGAGACUGUAUUUAUCUAAAGAAUAUUAAUUAGAUUUGAAGGACUUAUUAAAUCAGCAGCUGGAAAGAGGAAAAAAAAACAUGAAUCAAGUUACGUUUGCAUAAAUUCAUCUUAUAAAGCUUUCACAGAUAAUAAAAAAUUAUUACAUAAAGGUUCAUAUACCUCAAAGUUAUAGAAUACAUCAUAAAUAUAUUUGAAAACUCCUAAUGUUUAUGUGUUGACAAAAAAAGAUUCAUGAACAUAAUAAGUUGAACGCAAACAAAAAAAUAUGCUUUUUAAUCACGUUUAAGGUCCACUUACUUUUGUAAACAUCAGAAAUUAAAGCAUAACUUCUGUUUGGUAUCAUUCUAACUUUCCAUCGUCAUAUAAGGGGAAAAAAAAACCCUUUAUUUGUGCUGCAGUUCAAACUAUUUCUGAGGAGAAUUUGGGGUUAUUUGAGAUGGACUUGGUGAUAACCUUCGAUCUUUCUCUCUCUUGCCAGAGUAAACUUUACAGCCUACCUGCCACUCAUGCCAGUCGUGUGUAUGAGUUGCUGAUCAGUCACCUACAGCUUCACUACAAGAACAAAUACUGCUCAGCUAUUGCUUCCAGCAUUAGACACCAGGUAGGGGGGACUCAAAAGUCUUCUAAUGAAUGUGACCCCUAAUUUUUUUGUUCAUGUUUAUCAAACUCUUUUUUUUUCUCUGCUGACUUUCGCCCCUCCUCCUUCAGGUGUUUGACUUCUUCCUGAUGAUGCGUGCAGACUCUCUUCAUCGUCUUGGAGUCCCCAACAAAGACCGGGCCAUCAGGUUCAGCCCUUACUGCUACUGUGACACAGGGUGAGGGAGCACACAUACGUUUUUUGUCUACAGCUCUUACCUGUGUUGAAUUCGGUUUAAUUUUAAUCUGGAGUAAAUGUUGUUGUUUCAGGGAGCCAGAGAAACGUGUCAGUGAAAAGAAACCUGCAGGUUCGGCGUCUCCUCCUGCUGGCAGCCCUGCUCCUCCCACUGCCCCGUCUGCUUCAGCAGCCUCAGUACGCUCAGCUUACCUGCCCUAUGCACCUGCCUUCAGUGUCCUCCUGCAGUGUCUCAAAAUGGUACAUACAAACAGACUCUAUGUGCACAAAGACUGUGAAAAAACUACUAAUUGAGAAUGGUUAAUUACCCCUGUCACAGAUGAUAGACUUUAAAGACAAUAACUGGGAUUUUCCUGUUUUCAAGACAUUAGACUUGUAUUUUCUAUUUGUAGGAAACAGACUGGAAGGUGUUGAAGCUGGUUUUGGACAAGCUGCCUUGGACUCUGCAGUACAAAGUUCUGCUGCUCACAUCACCGUGUAGCUUGGAUCAGCUCUGUUCCACACUUUGCUGCAUGGUAAAAACGCAUAAACAAACAAACCUGUGUUAAGAUACCACAGUCCAUACACAUGUAAAAUGCACUUUGGUGCAUUAGCAAAUAUCCUCAUUUUUAUCUGUGUGCUUCAAGGUGACAGAUCGGCUGAUUUCAGAGCGCUUAAAGAAGCCUCCAGAAGGAUUUUCUCGCACUGAUGUUCAGCUGGCAGUGGUUCCUGUCCUCACAGCCAUCACUUCCUAUCAUAACUACUUGGAGCAGUCCAGACAGGUACAAAACACAGACUGUUGAAAAUUAGAGUACGACAACACAUCCAGGAUACUCAUACGCUGACUGAGUACUCGGUCAGGUGUUUUGAACCACACCGGGAAAUAGCAUCUCAAGACAUACUCACUCACUCUAUCGUUGAAAUGUAAAAAGCUCUUCCAGCUGAACUGAUGUUACCCUUCUUUCUCCUCCGCAGAGAGAGCUGGUUCAGUGCCUCGAGACCGGACUCAUUUACCGCUGUGCCAAGCAGUGUGUCGUUGCUCUAACAAUGUGUACAGUGGAGAUGCCCGACAUCAUGAUCAAGCUCCUUCCUGCUCUAAUUGUCAAGCUUACCCACAUCUCUGCAACUGUUGCUAUGGCAUCUCCUAUGCUUGAGUUCCUCUCCAGUGAGCACCCAAAGCUUUCUCAAAAAUAAUUUGUUCUUUUUUAAAAUGUUUGUUUUGUUGACAGACGUUCAAGGUUAGUUAGUCACAUCUUCUGUCACAGAGGCUGAACAAAAUGAAGUUGGCAAUCAAUGUUUUCUUUGUUUGUUUUUUUUUCAUAGCCCUGGUGCGCCUGCCCCAUCUCUAUGCCAACUUUGUUGCUGAGCAGUAUGUCAGUGUGUUUGCCAUCUCUCUACCUUACACUAAUCCUUCCAAGUAAGUGCACACAAACAUGCAAACUCAUGAGUAAUAUCUAACACAUGGUUACGCUGACCUUAUUUUUCUUCCAUUACUAUCAGGUUUAACCAGUACAUCGUGUCCCUGGCCCACCAUGUGAUUGCCAUGUGGUUCAUACGCUGCAGACUUCCCUUUCGCAAAGAUUUUGUUCAGUACAUCACAAAGGUUGGUGCUGGUUGCUCAUCCUUAUUUCUUUUUAUGUGUGACUUUCUUUUUUUUAUUUUGUCAUCAAACAUCAACACUAGCCACCUGCUUACACAUCUGUAUUUGGAAAAAUUCACGUUAUUUUUCUUUAUAUACAGCAGACUAAUGUACUCUUCCCAAUCUGAUAGAGACAACAUCUCUUAACAGGCAUCUUUCUCACUGGGAGUUACAGGAGACAGAAAACAGAAAUGAGUCUGAAUCCUUGAGUCUUUUUGUUAAUCUGACAUUACAAGACUUUCAUCGUAGACUCCAAAAGGUUACUGUUCCUUUCAGGCAACAGUCUUGCAAAAAAACAUUCUCUACAAAAUCAUAACUUGGUAGUUUUUACUCUUUUUUUUAUAUAAACUAAACUAUCCUUGAUGCAGAGCUGAGAUAGCAGUAUGCAGAAUUGUAUCAGUAUCCAAAUCUAAUGCUUUGUGAGCAAGCUCUUUGCUCUAUUAUCAAACUUUUCAGCUAUGACUGCUCACACAAUCUACAAUGGAUAUUUGUAACUUCAAAUUAUGAAAGAUGCCCUCCCUAACACCUUUUUCGUCAUUGCUAUGUUGUUGUUAAUUCUCAGUUGUCUUUAAUACUCUGUCAAUUGUGUGUCUCUGUCUUGAAACUCAUACCUCCCUCUGUUUUCAGGGUUUGCGCUCAAACGCCUUGCUGCCAUUUGAUGACAGUCAUGAACAAAGUUCAUUUCGUGCCCGAAGCACCAGCCUCAACGAAAGACCCAAGAGGUAAAGCAUCCAUACACACAAGCAGGUGCUGAUGUAAAAGACAGCACCGCACGCUGACCCUGUGGCCAUCGUGUCUGAGGGUUUGGGGUUGCCAAGGUAUCUGGGGACUCAGUAUGGCUGGUACAAUGGUUGGAAGACUCCUCUCAGGUUGCCAUGGUGGUCAUUAGUUCAUUUUACCUAUGGUUUAUGCUGUCUUACAUUUAUAAGUUUUGAUUUUUACCCACUAUUUGUUUCUCAUCUAAAAUUUAUUGACAAAGUUCUGACUGACAGGAAGUAGACAAAAUAACAUGUACACUUCUGUUAAAUAAUGCAAUCUGAGGGACAAGUCCUGCUGCUGAUGCUGAGAUUCAGUGUCACGUGGUUCAAGAGGUCUUGAUUUACCUCUGAGGGGAAACUGAGACAUACAUAUAUAGGUUUAGAGUGCAUUGUACAAUAUCGUACUGGGGUUUGUGCUACUUUGAAAAUAGGUAUGGGUAUAUAAACUGCAGUGACACGAGGACAGACCUAGAGGGUUUACUUUCUCUUGUCACGUCAUGCCAGAUUGACUGUUCAUAGCUGUAGUUACUGAAAACUUACACUGAACAAAAAGAGAAAUACACACUGUCUUUCACACAGAGGCGUAAGGAAGCUGAUCUCAGCAAGGUGUCAUUGUCAUGUGUGACGUGGUGUAAAUGUUUGUCAUCAUCUGUGUCUUUAUGUUCUGAAAAAAACAGUGCUAAUCACAUCAAAAAUAACUGAUUAUAGCGCUGAUAGAUGAUCACUAAAUGAAGGAGACUGAAUAGAGGCUGAGAUGACUCACCACACCGAGUCUGGACCAUCUCUAGAAGAUUUUAACUCCAUAACAUAUUUUUGUUGUAUUAAAUUAUGCCAUUAUCCCUGUGACUGGGCUCUGAAGUGUAGACGGAGAGUAAGCAACAAAUGUGAUCAAAAAAUUCUAUGAAUAGUCUUGAAUAGUUUUUGAGGCUUCUUCAAACCGUCAAAGUGGGCUGUCAGAUCCAUUACUUUGCGUCCCCCUCAUUUUGUUUUUGACUUUUUGAUCGACUAUUCACAGCAGCUUUUCUUUGACUGAAAUCGCUCCUCCCGUCCUGUCAGGAAAACAGUAAAAACAGCUCUUUUUUUCCCUUUAGUUCAAGCCUCCUGUUUUUGUUUGGGUCCCAAUCCUUGCUUUUUAAAUUAUAAAAAAACCUGCCAUUACCCUGGCUGUUAUUAACAGCUUUUGUACCAACACACAGCAUCUCUGCUUAUGUAGGUUUCUCCUGAUCUCCCACAUUUACUCACUUUCAGUGUUUCAUCUUGUGUUAAAUUCAUCCAGUGAUCUGUCCCUGUGCUGCUCAUCAUUUUCUGUCCAGUUGAGGCAAUGCAAGUCAGAAACUCUGUGAAUAAUAAGAUUCUAUCCUCUUGCAAAUACAUAGUACACCAUCAAGCACAAUCCCAAUCCAGGUCAUCCAAGUCCAUCACUGACUUUAAAACUCAAGACUUGCAAUUCCUCAACCAGAGGGUUUAACUAAGCAUUUCAUUUUCAGUUGUAUGUGUUAUUUUCUUGUGUUUUGACUCUCAUGAUUUCAGGCCUGUGCUGAGUCCAUCCCCACUAUUUUACUCUUCCUGUACUAGUCCUUGGCUUCAAGAUGUACCUGCUGUGUGAAAUAAUGUUUAUUUUGUUGCUCUCCUGAAAACUUUGUGUGUAUUUUCUUUUAUGAGUAGCAAAGCUAUAUUACCCUUUGCUUGUCUGUUUUUUCCUUUUAAGUUGAUGUUUGUCCUUUUUUGUCCUCUUAUUCUUCUUUCGCUCUCCUGUAAUCUGACUCAUAGUGUUCACUGCUGUUAAUUUUCACCUUGUUUUGUUUUUCUUUCAAUUCUUCAUUUGACUCCUCCCCUGCCUCCUGCGAUUGGGUGCUGCGUUGCGGUUGUGGUUUUUGGGGGGUGGUCAUGGUCAUCCUGGAUACUACCUACCUUGUUCCUGGCCCCUCCCUUCUCCUGUGACCCCUGCCCUUUGACCUUUGUUACCCCAUCCUCUGUACCCUGCGUGGCGUGUGUCCUUUGGUCACCUGCUCGUGUUGCUCUGGUGCUUGGGUGACGAAUCCCUGCUGUCUCCUGGUAUACCUGUACACACCACAUGCUGCCCCUGCACUCCCAAACCACACCACCCUCACGAUGACCCACCCCCUUACUACACACUACCACCAUAUCGCCAACCCGGGUCUGUCCCCCUCACUCUUCGCCAUGGGUAUUCAUCACCGCCCAGUCUGCGGGCAGCUAAAGUGGCGAAGGCAGCAUCAGCGGUAGCCAAUAGCAGCAGCUCUCCAGUUAAAGAGCUGAGGGACCUGUCAGCCAUGGACGCUUUCCGCUCCCGCAGCAUCAGUGUCUCGGAACAUGCGGUCCGCAGGUUAGAGAAGAGCCCUAUGGGUAACAAAACAAAAAAACAACCCAAACACUUGUUGCUUCCUCCAUGGGAUGGUUAAUGGGGUUUAGGGUCAUUGUCAUGUGGGUCCGUUUGGCUGGCGUUGGGUGGUUUUUGGGACACCUGGAGCAGGUGGUGCAUGCUGGAAGAAGGUUUGUCUGUUGACCUUUUGGUUUGUUUUGGGCUGCCAUCAUCCGUGUGCUGUUUUAGAUUUUGUAUCACUUGCUUUUGCAUGCAGCGUUUGCAGAUGACAUCAGAAAACCUUUUCCUUUUUUUUUCAUUUCAUUUCGUUCUAACAGAGUUUGCUGGUUUUUUAAUUUUAAUUAUUUUUGGUUUAAUUUGGUGUUUGGUUUGAUUGUAUUUGUUCUGUUUUGUUUUGUUUUGCUGGGUGUUUUGCUGAGUGUUUUUGAUUUGCUUAACAACAAAUGAAUGGCAGGAGGGACUGGUGUACAGCAUGCAUUUCCAAAGUAGUGGGAUCUUAUCCUGAUUGUCGACAACCGCAACCUACAACUCUGCCUCCCUUUUCCUGAGGGGAGGGCACCUCUGCCUUCUCACCCAGUGAUAGGGACAACAGCAACACAACUGCUUAGUCCGCUUGCUCUACAUCGUUUUGUUUUGCUCCACUCACAAACACACACACUGUGAUGCAAUGACCAUGGCAAUCUCCUAGUGUGGGAUUCAAGGACUAGCCGGGCUGAUUUGGAUUUUCAAAUGUUUGAUUACAGACUCUUAACUCUGGUAUCAUCACACACAUACUGUAUAUGCACAAUACCUGAAUUCUCAUCUUCACACCUCUGUGCUCGUCUUUGCUUGGCUGAUUUGCUGAUGGAGAUGACAGAUGUUUGAUCUGACAUUGCAGUUGUCAAAUAUGGUAGGAAUGCCACUGUGAUGCAUUUAUCUUACCACUGCUGCCCAACAGAUGGCAGUAAAGUAGCUUGAAUAUUUAAAAACACUGCAUACUGUAUUUAAUUUUGGAGUGAAGCAUGAUUCAAACUAAACAACUGCAGUGUAGAUCACUUAAACCUGCCAACAGCUACUAAAGGGCUGCAGAUCUGCUAGUCUCACCUCAUGGUAUCUGAGAAGAUACUUUUUGUGCUCAGACAACAUGACCAGGUUUUUAAUUUUAUUGGCUUUCAGACUUUUUUCGCCUAAAAUUAUUACUACAAAUGAUUUGAGAAACUACUUUAAAAUAGUCUCAUUAUUGUCAAACCUGUCAGCGUUAUUUUGAAUUGUGUAGAGCAAUUCAAUGAAAGAGGAAUCAGUGUGACUAAAAGACUAGGAAAGAGGCGUUUCAGUCAGAAGUUUUUGAGGUCAUGUUGGCUGGAGUUCAUUUUAGGUAGAAUUCAAGUGAGAAAUGACUCAUAUGUCCAUUGAAAGAACGGUAAGUGUCUUGUUCUAUAUGCACUCUGGGACUUGGUCUGAGUAAGACAUUUCCUCCAGUUCUUUUGGAACAGCACUAAGGAGUCUGCAUGACAGUAGCAGAUCAUUUCACCUCUUUCUCACUGCUUGCAGUUACUUUUGAAGUUAAACUAAUGCAGAUCCAAACCAGUAUAAACAAUACCUCCAUUUUUAAACACCCUAGUUGCAGUUAGUAAAGACAUGUAAAUUGGAUUAACAUCAGUUGAUACAUAAUAUUGUAGAUUUAUGAAACCUUGGCAUUGUUAAUUUUCAGCCUUGACAGAUUCUUCUCUUUCUCCUACUAUGACAUUUCGUCUUGGUCUGGGUCUUUAGUAAAAGCUGAAUAAUAGAUCCACAAAGAGCAGAUACCCCUCUUUCACUGUUCUGUCCUUUGCUCUAUCCCAAUUUUCUUUCACCCUUGUUAGUUUUUAUUUUAGUUUAUUUUUGUUGAACUUGGUUGUUAUUGAUUUUCCCAGGAGAGGUAUGGACACAGUCUGUCUGCCUUUCACUCUCCCCACUGUGCUGAAAACAGACAUCACAGUUGGGCUCAAAGUGGUUUUGUAAUUCACUCAUUUGAGUGUGUUUAUGUCCUAGACGCUUGCCAGUAUUUUAUUUAUUUUUAUUUAAUCUAAAACCUAAAUCUUCUCAGACAUAAUUGAGACUGAUGUCAUUAAUUGUCGCGGGCUUUUAGCCUGAUUUGCCGGCAGAGCAGGCACUGAUGGUUGUUGUGGAGACAAAGAGGUGCUGCUCUCUCAAAAGUGAAUACUAAUAAAGAGAUUUGGCUGCUGCAUAGAGAUUAACACACAGUUAAUCACAUUCACUAACACAAAGCCUUUACCUUGCUGAUUUGCUGCAUUCUUUUCAUUCACUUUACAGUACAACCUCACAAGCUAAAGUUGUGUUUUGCCUUCUGCACUGAGCCCAUUCACCUGAAGAAAAAUGAGCAUUGACAUCUUACAUUUCUUGAGACAACUUAAACCAUGUCCCAGCAUGUGCGUGUUUAUGUUGUUGUGCUUGAGAAACUGUCAAUUAUCUUUUUCAAGCAUUUGCUUAAAUACACACCCACGAGUUGAUGAGUGUGUGUGUAUAAAUGCUUGUAUUGCAUGUGAAAUAGCAAUGGAUAACACAUGAAUAUUGGUGCGUUUGUGUGUUUUUUCCUGAGGUGCUCUCCAUAUCCGGGUAUCAAAUCAUGCAUGUCUUUGUGUGCACUGAUUCAAAAUUAAUAUACAUGUGGAGCCUGUGUGCCUCCCUCUCCCUGCUUCACCCUUCUCCAUGCUGUUUAACCUCUUCUUUGUUUACCCCUGUAGGAUGCAUACCUCAACCACCACCUGCAGUCUGGGCUCUGCUGAUGAAAAUGCGGUGACACAAGCAGAUGAAGGGUUGAAGACGGUCCACCUAGAGCUCACAGAGACCUGUCUGGACAUGAUGGCCCGAUAUGUCUUUUCCAACUUCUCUGCUCUGCCCAAGAGGUUUGCAAACACUCUGCUUGUGUGAGGGUUGGCACUUCAUGAUGGUGAUAUGAAAGAGUUGAGAGACGAAGUUGUGAUAUCUCUUUUUCCCUUUUAGAUCUCCCAUCGCGGAGUUUCUUUUGGCAGGGGGUCGCAGUAUGACUUGGCUGGUUGGCAACAAGCUAGUGACCAUAACAACCAGUGGAGGGGUCAGGACCCAAGCGCUGCUGGGCCUGGACAUGGCUGAACGGCUUGGAGGUGGAGGGGAAAUGACAAGGUGAUGCCACUCACACAGAAAACGACCAAAGUUUUUUCACAUUUUUCGCCACAGUGACAGUGGGUGUGAAAGUCUGUGUGUCCAUAUAUUGAUUGGUCCACCCUGAAGGUCAAGUCUGAAAUAUCACAGCAGUUAUUGGACUGAUUGAAGUAACUGUUGGACAUUUUCUUCUCCCAGGAGGAAAAGAGUUGUUAAAUGACCAAAGAUUAGCCUCAUCAACAGAUUAACACUUCAGUUUGUUCAUUUAUUAGUUUGCUAGUUUGCAAAUCUUAGUAUGAAGGUGAACACGGUGUAAAUAUUUAAUCAGUAUUCUAUCAUGCUUUUAAACGCAUUUAGGAUUAAGUAUGUCUAAAUACAGCUAAAAUAUUUGUCGAGAUUUACUCUUGUUUUUUGUGCUUCUUUAGAUCUGAUCCAUCACUACAUACCCGAAUUACCAAAGAGGCUCCAGCCAAACUGGAGUCCCAGUCAAGCCAACAGCACAACAGAGCCACGCGCAUACGGGUUCGCUCCAUGUCAGGUAAGAGUUGUCAGCUCAUUGGCAGAUAUCAUUCAGCCCUGGCGCUUGGAGCACUGCAAUCAGUAACGGGUUUAUCCUCAUUAUUUCAAGACAGCACUGCUUUUUGUUUAAUGUUAAAUGAUGAUAAAUGCUCAACCCCACAAACAUGAAGCUCCGAAAUUCAGUUUGUGUAACGUCUUUUGAAUGGCAGUGUGAAGGGAGUUUCAGCUAGAUUGAAAUCAGAUAUGAUCAAGAAGCUUUUAUCCUUGGAGGCCGGCAGCUGUGCUUUCAUCUUUUCCACACUGUUUUAUCUCAUCACAUUUAGACCGUAAGCCACUCUACUCCAUCUUCUCUUAAUGCAUAUUUAAUUAAAAUAAUUAGUUAGGUUAUAUGUUACCUUGCUUUAGGGCUUUGGGUACAUUGAAAAUAAAAAAAUAAAACAAAUGAAGACUCCUGUAAUGUUAAGUGCUCUGUAUUUGUGUGUAUUGGUCACACAGAAAUAGGAUGUAAUUAAUGGCUUUUAUACAAUUCAAGUGUGGACUUUAAUGACGUCAGUCUUUGUCAGCCUUAGUCAGUGUGUGAUAUUUUUUCUUGCACACUGGGUGCCAAUCUUCUGUGUAAAGUAAUAAAAUACCUUGUCAGGAGCUUGCUGUGUCAGACUCUGAUUAAUGGAAAAAAUGAUUCAUUCUGUCCUUGUUCGUCCCAGGUGGUCACGCUCUACGUGCCGGUCCUGCUCAGAGUCUCAGUCCUCUAGUGUCCCCCUCUGAGGGCGAAUUAGCUGCUCCGCUCUCUCCCCCCUCGAGUUCUAACCUAGAUGGCCUCGGUCCUCCGUCCUCCGCCUCUGCCACCCCGUCUGCUCCCCAGCCUCUCAAAGACAACCCCAGCCUGGCUGAGUUUGUCCCCAUGCUCACACAGGGCUGGGCAGAGAUCUUCAUACGGAGGCCCUCUGGUAUGCAACAAAAAAAAAAAAAACCUUGUGUGAUACUGACCCAGUGGCAGCAGAAACAAACACUAAAAGUUACAGUAUGUUAGAAGUCAGCUUUAUUCCUGGUGGUUUGUUUGCGUUUGCACGUCUAAUUCUUUAAGUUUUCUCUUAACAAACAUCUUUUUCUGUCGAUCUGUCCCUCCAGGCAACACGAGCUGGCUGAUGUGUCUGGAAAACCCGCCUAGUCCUUUCUCCUCUGAACUUGGCAACAUGCCACUGCAGGAGCUCUCCAGUGUCCUCAUGGCUAUGGAAGGUGUGAAAGAUCCUCCCACCCAAUCAGCCAGCGCCCCUGCCAGCACCGCUGCUCCUGCACCAGCACCAGCACCCGCCCCUGUUUCUGAACCUCUUACCCAAACACACAGUAACGUUGGAGGCAAGGCGAACCUAAUCCAGCGCUCAAACACAGGUGAGUUACAGUCCCAGAGGAGGGAGUUGAAAAUUUCCUGCACAAGGUGUUACUUUGUUCCAAAAAAUUUUAAUCAUCCAAGUGUCCAAAAUUCAUUGCAAAACAAAAAAGCACUUAAGAAGUUGAUUUGAGGCCGUUGUUUGUUACACUUGAAUACUGCUCUUCUAUCUGCCUGACUGCCUGCAUUUGAGCCAAAAUGCCUGAAAAUCCUCAGUUUGAACCUGAAGGUGAUCAAUAGGCUAGCUUGGAUUGUCACAGAUCACUGAUUUGACACACAGUUUUUUUUUUUUCUUGGCAUUUUCUUUUUCUUUUUUUUUUUUUUUUUUGGUUGAUGCCAGUUCAUUAAUCUUUUUUCAUUGCACAUGGGACUCAACUCACCUCCGUUAUUUAUCUUCAUUUUUUCUCUUUACCUCGUCAACUCAUCUUUUUUCCACUCUUUCAUCCAACGUUUUUUCUUUUUCUGUUUGCUUUCUGAUCAUUUUAUUUCCUUGUUCUAAUGUUUUCAUCUUUACCUCCAUGCUGGUUUGCGAUUGGUCUGCACGGUCUUGUGUGGUGUCAUGUGCCACCGACCUGUCUUCUGGCGUCCUGCCUGCAGUUGGCGGCUCUCUCUGGUCUCUGGGUUUGGGCUCUGCCCCCCUAGGCCCUCCAGCCCCUGGCAGGCUGCACAGGAGCAUUUCCUGGGCAGGUACUAUCCACCUCAUGUGUGCCCCCCCUCCUCCCCUGGGAAGAAAAGUCCUGGUGUAGUGUAUUUCUUCUUACUUGCACAAUGCAAUGGUCUGGGAGCACCAACUGGAAGUGAUAUUUGAUUAAAAAACCCUGACAUGGUGACUAUUUCUCUGAAAGUCAAAACAUUUUAAUGAAUUCAGUCAAUAGUUUAAAGGUAUAAUUUUACAUUUUCAGAAUAUUAAUUUUUCACUAUUUUGAUGAGAAAAUGAUAAAUCUCUCAAAAUGUUCAAGAAGAAGCUGCAACCAUUAUCUGCCAGCCUGCUUAGUUUGCAGCCACUGAAACAGGAGAAAACAACUAAACUAACUCUUUAAGUCUAAAGGUAAAGAGAGCAAAUAGGUAAUGGCUUGACUGAUAGGCAGGAAUUUUUGUUAAUCCUAUUUAUUUCAAAUCACGUCUUCUUGAGAACAGCGUGUUGUUGGUUUCCAUAAAUGUUUAUGUACAGGGCUUCUUUUUGGUCAGGGUGUUGCAAUCAUCUUCUCCUGGCCGCAGCCACAUAGCUGACCAGCUCAAGAACAGGUCUAUUUCCCAAAAUCCUCAUCUGUUCUUUGAAGUAUGUGGUCAGCCAUACAGGAGCUAAACUCUGUCCUGCACAGGGGUUUCUCAGUGGUGCAUAAGACCUGAUGGUUAAUUUUUGAAAAUUGUGCAAGUGAAGGAAUUCAGAAUUUCUGUUUCACCUAUUAACACUGGGAGGGAGGGAUGGUCCUCUGCUAGCUCUGCUGAGAACAUGCCUGCACUUUAAUCAAUCAGUCCUAUGACGCCUUAAGGGGUAUCAUGAUUUUUUUAUUGUGAAGUCUUCCCAGUGAUUUGUAUUUCCUCCUAAUCAUCUUUUAUAACUCAUAGAAAUAUACUCCCAGGUUCACCUUUUAACCUCUGACCUCCUGAUGUUGUCAACAGAAAAGCCCAGACCUCAUCCAGCUACUAUACGCUUCCUUGCCUUACUGAGAGUCCAGUAGGGUGAUGAAGAAAGGUUCAAAACUGCAGUUUUUUUGGGGGCAACAAUGUGAGGGAGACUUGACAGAGACUCCUGUCAAUAAGUGUAGGGUGGGCUUCUUAUUGGGGACAUUCCAGGUCUGGGCUGCUGUUGUGUCUUUUGGCCAAGAUAACCAACCAAGUAGAUGCAUGCAUCUUGAUGGAAAAAUCAAACCUAGAUGGAGCAGCAAUGGAUAGAUGCUGGCUGCAUUGAUCUGUCUUUGUUUUGAUCUCAGUGUAGUAGGCUGGAUUCACUGAAGGUCUCAAUCGGGAUGUCUCUUCAUGUGCAUAAUGUGUUUUUAUGUGCGUAUGCCUGGCUGCCUUUGAAUUGGCUUGAUCAAUAAACAUCCAGCUAAUUCAGUUUCAUGUUACCAUGAUUAAUUAGUCUUAUUGUUCUCCAGAUUUCAGAGGGAAUGUGUGUGAAGUGUUGAUGUAAAAGUGACCACUGACUGACAGCUUUGAUGGCAUCUUUGAUGUUUGUUGCAAGAUUCUCACAUCUGUGGAUACUAAUUGUGGACCACACUGUCAUGUGUGUGUGUGUGUGUGUGAGAGAGGAGCGUUACAAGUUUUCUUUGGGUGUGUGUAUCAACUCUUACCAUACACGGUUGUUGCCUUAUCCUCCCCUAGACUCUGUUGUUGUGCUGGAGGAGACCUCAGGGGUCCCCACGGCACACACCCCAUCUGAUUGGCAAGAGAGUGAAGAGUUUGAACCGAUGACAUCUGACCCGAUCUUCAUGUCUGCAGACAAGUUCACAAAGAUCCCGCCCCCUGGGAUGCUCAGCAGGGUGGGUGAUUUUUUUUGUGUGUGUCUUUCAACAUCGCAUGUUAUGAAUAUUCAACCAGAAAUCAUUAUACCAUAUUAAAAUACACACCAACAAAUUUAAGUCACAUGGUUUGCAAUGGUGAUACUUUGAUGUGGACACCUUCAAGGUGUGAAAACAAAGUUUGUGUUUAUCACAGCAGCUCAACCACCUGUUGCAUUUGAGUAAAAGCUGAUAGUAAAAUUAAAAAUAAAAGCUGUUCCUCUUCGAUACUGACCUUCAAUGGUAGACAAUCUCACAUGUUCAGAAUACUUUCUAAAUUAGUGAUAGUAACUCAAAACCACGUUUGCAAAAAAGCUUAACCAAGUGAAGCAGUCUAUCGCAUUCCAACAUUAAUUUUGUUUUUGAAAAACUAUUUCUCCAGUCCUCCUCAACCUCCAGUCAAGAUGAUGAAAAGUCAACACUGGAAGAAGUAAGUGAGGGAGCAAUUCCAAUUGAUCAGCCCACUGCAGGACCUUCCACCCCAGGCAGCCAGGGGCCUGACCUGCCCUUCCAGACCCAUCCUCAGUCCCAAGGUCAUGGACUCAACAAAUCCAGCUCUUCUCCUGAGCUUCAAACCUUACCUGAAGCCUUUUCUAAGGCAGCUAUGGAGUCUGAGACGACCCCUGGAGACACUUUAUGGCCAAAAGCACCUUUGGACAGCAAGCCUCAGCCCCAGCAGCCUCAUGUAGAGAAAGAAAAGGUGGAAGGAAGCACAGGAGGGGAUGUCAAUGGCCUUACAGGUCAGGGUCAAGGGGGAGAAGGCCCAAGUGUUUUGCCAUCUCAAAGCGGAGGAGGGGCAAGGAUGAAGUUGGAGUUUCCUGCAGCAGCACCACAACCUGGACCCAUCUCUCCCAGUGGAGGUCACCGUCCGCGGGGCCACACCAUCUCCGUAUCUGCCCCUUCCUCCAGGAGGGAAAGAAGGACAGAGAGGGACUCAUAUCACAGUAGACCCGGACCAAGCAACACAGAGAAGAUCUCCGGACUGAGCCCCAGGUACUGCUAUGGUCUUUUGUUUAUUUUGUUUAUAUGUUUGAUUUGUCUCUUUUUAUUUGGACUUUUCAGCAUUUAUCUAUGAGCACAAUGCCUGUAAGUCACCAAUCAUACGCUUUUUUUUUUUGUUUAAAUGAUUGUGUUUUUCAGUGUUCUGGUUAAAACAAACUCCCAAUCUAUCCUGUCGCCCUUAGUUUUGUCUUCCUCCAGCUGUACCACUCCCCCUUUUUUGGAAACGAAGCCAACAAGCCACUGCUGUUGCCCAAAACUCAGGUGAGUUUACCUCUGUGGCAAACCAGGAAGCUCUCGCAGUGCCUUUGUCAGAUACGUUCAUUGUGUUUAUUCUCUGCUGCAGGUGAUUGACCGUGCUGUGAAGGUCCUGGACCAGAUGCCUCCAUAUGACACCCAUAAGAUUGGAGUAGUGUUUGUAGGAGCCAGUCAGGUGAGAAAACUAUAACUUAAAUUGCUUGCUUAACUGAAUCUUCCAGGUCUUGUUUAUCCUUUACUCAACCUUCACACUUGUAUCCCCUUCUCUGUCCUCAGGUCAACAAUGAAGUGGCCAUUCUGUCCAAUGAAUAUGGAUCCAACCGUUAUGCUGCCUUCCUCACAGGGCUGGGCAAAUUAAUCCACCUCAAAGACUGCGAUCCUGACCAGAUCUUCCUCGGAGGGCUAGACCAGUACGGCGAUGACGGAGAGUUCACUUACUGCUGGCAUGAUGACAUCAUGCAGGGUGAGCUUGAAACAGCGCUGUAUUCACGGAAGUUUGUUUUCUCACCGUCAGUCUGUGUUUAACACCUUCCUGUUUCUGCAGCUAUCUUCCACAUCGCCACACUGAUGCCAAACAGAGAGAGCGACAAAGGCUGCUGCAACAAAAAGCGCCACAUUGGCAACGAUUUUGUGAUGGUGGUCUACAACGACUCGGGGGAGGAGUACAAACUUGGCACCAUCAAGGUACAUGCGAGCACACCCACACACACACAUGCACACAGUUAUGGAAAUCAAGGAAAUUUUUAGUGUAGAGUUUCAAAUUGAAUUCAAACCUUUUACUUUUUCCUCCUUUUAGGGCCAGUUUAAUUUUGUGGAGGUGAUUAUUAAGCCUCUGGAUUACGAAUGCAAUCUGGUUACCCUCCAGUGCCGCAAAGGUGAGCUGAUCAAAGUGUUUUCUCUUGCACUUGUUGGUGUUGCCACAUAUUUUUAUUGUCAACCUUUAUUUAAAUCUUCUCUAAGUAGUUUUCAAUGGGUUGUGAAACAAAUCAAAAUCAACAGUUAUGUCUCAGUUAUACAAAAAAACAAACAAAAAAAAAACAAUCAUCAGUAACGAGACUUCUAGUUUCUGUUUUCAGAUUUUUUUAAUGCCUAAAACCACUGUAAGUGGAUUGGUGGACUAGAUGGUUCCCAGGAUGCUAAAGAAAAAGGCCUUCCGUAACUUUUCUAACAGAAAAUAUCGUCAUUGAGGGACACAUUUGACUGUUAAAAGAAAAUUAAAGUUACCUACAGUGGUUUUAAGCCUCAAAAGUCAUCAAGGUUUCCCUCAUUUAUAGUGAUUUCAAAACACAGAAAUGCACACCGAUCACAGACAGACAGACCAGAAAGAGCAAUGCUCAGUAAAAAUACUUGCCCACUGAGAUGAAGUGGUUCGAGAUAAUCGACUUGAAAUAUCAAGGAGAAUAAAAGCAUUCCUCUUCAGAGUGUGAGGUAGAAAACUCUGCCUAUUAGGAGCACAAAAACUAAUAUAUAAGAUAUAAAGGCUCAGAGUGACUUGAAGAGUGGGACAGUUAGUCGAGUGAGUUUGAUUGAGUCGAAUGGUUGUGUUCUGCAUAGAUGUUAUUAUGUUAGACGGUGAAUAUCAGUAAGGGUUUGAAGGGCAAGAGUUUAUCUCACCUCUGUGCAGGAGAAGCCCAGCCAACUUUAACCCUUUUAAAUACAGCUUAACAACAAAGUUCUACCGUCACAUUGCUUUGUGCUUUUGUAUCGAUCCAGCAUGGUAAUAUUGGUAUUUUACUCUGUGUUACUGUGUUGAAGGAAGCAUGAGAGGGAAACACAGUGUGAGCUCCUCAAACACACACACACCAACACACAAGACUUGCACAUACAGCGCAGUUUUUCCCUGCCUGCUCUAGUAGCCGACUGUGAUUCUGUCUUGCCUCUUUAACAAUUUGGUCACUACUCAGCUGAAAAUAGCUUUCACGCAUCCAACUCAUACAGUAAAAAUGCGACAAGUUACAGAUAAACCUCUGUUGACGUACUUGCAUGCCACAUUAUUUGCCAGUGUACAGAUGUCUGCGGCAGUAUCAGCCGACUCAUUGGUGCGUCUCUUAGUCAAACACAAUAAUCCAAAGUGUCUGAAUGUGGAGACUGCGGUCAGCUGUAACAAAAGCUUUUGACAGGCCGUAUAAACAGAAGCACAGUUCUACCUCUUAAUGCCAGAGUCAAUGUUAACUCCUGACUGCAGAUAUGAUGAGUCUGCAAAGGAUCAGACUGGUGAGGACUUAAGAUUCAGUAUUAUCUGACACAUUUUUAAGCUAGUUUUAGAAGUUUUGCCAGACAGGCCAGUUUCAACUGAAGCUGAUAAUUAUUAGGAUCCUUACAGGUUAUCUCUGGCUUUAAGCAGUUUUCAGAUGAGGGUAGUUAUAUUAGAAAAAAAAAGCAUAGAUAAAAACAUGUCUCAUUUGCACAGUGAUAAAAGGAGAGGAGAGAUCAAGUUUGUCAGCUCCAGUCGAUUUUAUAUUUAGCUUAUUCUUAAGGAGAACUUUAUCUCUUACUUGAAACUUUUCUUUUGCUUUUCUUUUCAGACCUGGAGGGAUUGGUAGACACUACUGUUGCCAAAAUUGUUUCAGACCGCAACCUUCCUUUCUUAGUCAGACAAAUGGCUCUUCAUGCGAAUGUAAGUCUCUUUCUCAUCCCUUUCUUUCAUACUUUGUCAAACAUGCACACACUUUCACAUUUUGUACUGUCAUCUUAAUCUAUCUGCAGAUGGCUUCUCUGGUGCACCAGUACAGAGCCAACCCUUCCGAUGCUUAUGCAUCUAAGUGGUUAGCAAGAUUACGACACAUUAAGAGGAUCAGGACCAGGGUAAGAGGACGCAUAAAGAAUAAUGUGUUUCUUUUAAAUUACUUUUUUACUUGCAUCUGUGUCCUAUCAUUAAUCCAUCUUGCUGUCUCUCUGGCUCAGGCCCAGGAGGACAUUCAGUCUCGUUCAACGCCGGGAAUAUCGCUGACCCAAGGGCAUAAUCAGAGCAAGGCGUUCCAGCAAAGCGCCCAGGCAGGAAACCCAGAAGCCUCUGGGCAAAGGAAAAGACUUGUUUCCACUGUUGAUGAUUUCACAGAUUUUGUGUAAUUUUUUUCUCAUCCUGGCAGACUCACACCACCUCAGACACACACACACACAUGCUUUGCACUUUGCAGAACUAAUUUUAAUACUUCUCAUCUGCAACACAAGAAGAGUACAGGCACAAACUGGGAGCCACGUUUCCGUCAGUCUGCCCCAAGGCAGCUGUGGCUGCUAAGGUAGUCACAGCUGCCCGUCACACAAAGAUGUGACUGUGUGAGCGAGUGAAUGCUGUAUCCAAUUUAAAGCGCUUUGAGGGUCUCUGUUAUAACAGUUGUACCGACACUACUUUUGGGAGCAGAAGCGUUUGUAUGUAAAUAUGUGUGUGGAAUAAAAAGUAAACUUGGCAAAAAGA